AUGAAGUGGAAUAACAUUACCCAGGCAACAGUCUUUGUUUCUCUUUCUGGGCCUGGAAUUGUAGGAAAUAUUCUAGUGUUUGUGAGACAUGUGUACACGUCUGCCUUGGGGACUGAGAAAAAGCCUGUAGACCUUAUUCUCAUCCAUUUGUCAUUUUCUAAUAUGAUCAUUAUUUGUAGCACAGGGGUCAGAGAUAUAGCCACAGUGUUUUAUUUCAGAGACUUCCUAGGAGAUAUUGGCUGUAAAGCUGUGGUUUAUCUGGCAAGGAUGGCACGGGGCCUCUCCAUCUGCACCACCUGUCUCCUCAGUGUGGUCCAGGCUGUCACCAUCAGUCCCAGGACCACCAUUUGGACAAAGAUCAAACCACGGACAACAUGGCAAGUUCUUCCCUGUAUCCUCCUCUUCUGGAUUAUUAAUUUACUCAUAAGCUCCAACUUGCUCUGCUACAUCAAAUCAGGCAACGGCUUGAACACGUCUGAAGCUGAAAUGUUCAUUGGGCAUUGCUAUAUGCUGCCCUCCAGGAACAUAGUUAAGUGGCUUUUCCUCUCUCUCAUGACUCUUCGUGAUGCCAUCUUUCAGAGUCUGAUGGGCUGGAGCAGUGGUUCCAUGGCUCUCCAUCUGUAUAAACAUCACAAACAUGUCCUCUACCUUUACCGCUCCAGGCUUGCAAACAAUCUUUCUCCAGAAAUCAGAGCUACAUGGAGUGUUCUUGUUCUCAUGACCUGCUUCCUUUUUUUCUAUUGGGCAGAUUUUAUUCUCUCCUUCUACACAGGUUUCACAGUGGCACACGAUUCUGUUUUACUAAAUAUUAAAACAUUUUUAGAACUUGGUUAUGCCAGUUUCAGUCCCUAUGUUCUGAUCAGCAGAGAUGUCUGUGUUCCUGUCUUACAUGCUCAUUGA